AUGUCUUCGAACGGUGCGGCUUGUACAGAAUACGUCUCCUUCGAUAAACAUCUCAGCCUGAUGGGUAGGGUUGAUUCGAGCCAUGCUGGUACUCGAAGUUUGAUUCAUUUCCACUCUGAAUCCAUUGUUGAGGAGCAUAUCCCGCGGUCUCGCGCCCGUCCGCGCAAUCGAUUUCCAUUCCGAAUCUGGGCCGUGUUUUCAAUGCCUUGUGGGUAGCAGGCGCGUUCGCUUCCCCCAUGCGACGGCACCGCAAUCGCGAUCGGGGCUGGCCACAAGAAUUGGGAACAGCAAAUCGGGCCGACGGACUCUUACGUCGCAGUGCAUCGGCCGCGUAGGCCGACUAAUCAAGAGCCGAGACCACGCUUCGGGUUCCGCUGCCCUUCGGGUUGGGGCAUAAGUACAGCUAACCAGCAGCCUGAACCUACAUCUCACCUGCGAAGAGCGUACAUCGUAGAGAUGAAUAGCUCUGCAUUGAAAGUGCAUAUUUAUAUGGGGCUCGUUUGGGAGUAUGCAAGCUUCUUGACUGCAAUCUCUCCACCGCAGAUUUGAAAUCACGCAUGGCUGGUCGCCCCAACACCACGUUUGCCUUUUUUUGCUUCUUCUUCAUCAUCAUCAUCAUCAUCUUACGGUACGACUGUAGAGCGAGUUUCGAUCAACUCUGAUCUUCCAACGAGCAUCCAAUAGGUUGGUAAUAUCUUGCUCAUUUUAUUUGUCAGUCUCACCGACCAAUACGCUGUCAUACGCCACAGCGGCUCUUACGCACUGCAGAGCGUAUACGAGCUCAAGCGACCAUUUUUCAAUGUGAAAAAAAAGCACGCAAACGUAUUUGUUAAUUGGAAUUUUCGAUGAGAUUGAAAUCCUUCCAAGGAAGCACUGUUUCUUUUUUCUGGAUGCUGAUGGUUUGUUGAGUCACAUAUAGAGGAGCCAAAACCAACCGUUAAAUGAAUUGAGCUGAACAUGCCAUCCUUGUUUGUUUAAUCUUAUUAACAACUGAAACUAAUAUGUACUCUCACGUACAUUAAUCCAUAUUUCCGCAAUCCGAGGUCGUGCAGUGAAAACGUUCCAUCGGUAACAACACUUCGAACCAACUCUAGUCGGACAAAUACUCCCGAUUUGCCAUGUCCAUGAUUCCUGACCGCUUCUAGAGCACACAGAUAGACUUACAGCAGCCGCAUGGAACAGUGCGGUGCAGACCAUUUCACAGAGGAAUGUCAUCGGUGUGGAUCUGACCCGAUAUCCACUUGCAUCCGGUUCGCACGUUAUGCAUAUUUGGGUUUUCGUCUUAUUCAAUAUGAAGAAACACAGUGUUGUAAUC